ACACCCACGAAGAACAAUAUGUUUGCUGUUGUUGAGUUGUGAUAUUUCCCACUGCACCUGACAUACACACCACCACCACCUCCACCACCAGGACUCUUCUUCCCCCUCCGCAUCUGAGCCGACCAUCCGCCUCUCCUCCCCGGGUCUCUGCCACCUUCAGCCGGCCAUGGCGCUCCGGAGGUUCUUCGUUGGAGGAAACUGGAAGAUGAACGGGACCAAGGAGAGUCUUGGAGAGCUGAUCAGCACCCUGAACACGGCCGGCCUGGACGAGAACACAGAGGUGGUGUGUGGAGCUCCCUCCAUCUACCUGGACUUUGCUCGGUCCAGUCUGGAUCCACGGAUCGGGGUUGCUGCCCAGAACUGCUACAAGGUGGCCAAGGGAGCGUUCACAGGAGAGAUCAGUCCGGCCAUGAUAAAGGACUGUGGUGUGGACUGGGUGAUCCUGGGACACUCAGAGCGCCGUCAUGUGUUUGGAGAAAGUGACGAGCUGAUCGGUCAGAAGGUGGCUCACGCUCUGGAGAGUGACCUGGCUGUGAUCGCCUGCAUCGGGGAGACGCUGGAGGAGCGAGAGUCCGGCACCACAGAAGAAGUCGUCUACAAUCAGACUCAGGUCAUCGCAGAGAACGUGAAGGACUGGGGGAAAGUGGUGCUGGCUUAUGAACCCGUGUGGGCCAUCGGCACAGGAAAGACAGCUUCACCUGAGCAGGCUCAGGAGGUCCAUGAGAAGUUGAGGGCGUGGCUCAGAGCCAACGUGUCAGACGACGUUGCCGACUCUGUGCGCAUCAUCUACGGAGGUUCGGUGACGGGAGCAAACUGCAGAGAGCUGGCGUCUCAGGACGACGUGGACGGCUUCCUGGUGGGCGGAGCUUCUCUGAAACCGGAGUUCGUCGACAUCAUCAACGCACAAGCUUAACAGACGCCGACGACAUCGGGAUCGAUGAAAGGAAAAGAAAAAAACAGCCGUUUAGAGUGUUGCCUUGUUUCUGCAGACCGGGCUGACUGAUGUGAUGAUGUCACGUGUCUCAUGAGGGCGGUUUGGUUUGCAGAAUACUUAUCAGAGACGUAAACACAGGGAGGGAUACUUCUGUUGCUGUUUGGCUUGAUAGUUUGAGAAUGAAGCACUUUUAUUUUGUUAGAUCAGUGAAAACGUUCUUGUUGUUCUGCACUUUUUUGUCUCUGGAAGGCUUAAAGAGGAAAAGAGAGCUGAGAGCUGUUUACCUGAGGAGACACGAGGAUCAGUCAGUCCGGGUUGUCCUGCAUGUUUGUCACUUUGUAUUAACGAUGCACUCACACCUGCACUAACUACUGCUUCAGGGCCCUUCACAAUAAAAGCUGGGAUUAGAAAGUACUCUAAGAUGUGACGUAUGAGACGUAGGAUGUGUUUUAGGAGUCAGGAAGUUGUGAUUAAUAUAAUUGUUCCUGUAUGUUUAACACUGGAUGAAGGAGGACGUCACCAUGGAAGAACUAAAUAAAUAGUGAAUAUUAAAAAAA